AUGAAGAUUCUUUGGCUAACUUUGACCAUGCUGCUGCUCCUGUCCCAGGGCAUUCCAGGCAGCACUGAAAAAUGUUGGAAUCUUCAUGGCAACUGCCGUGACAAAUGCUCCAAGACCGAGAAGUUCUAUGUUUUCUGUGUGAGUGGAAAACUGUGCUGCGUGAAGGCCAAGGAGAAGCCAAACUUACCGUGGCACUGA